GGGUACAGCGCUUCUUAGGGUCGACGUAGUUUCCUGUGGGUGUUCCUGGUCCUCUCGUCCUCUCGCACCACUCAUCUUUUCUACUUUAUCACCAGGCUCGUCCCGCCUGACGGAGCAGAGAUCGUCCUGUUUCCAGUGCUGGAGACCAGGUGGGAGCACCUGCAUGCAGGGAAUGCACAAAAGUAGCUGAGAGAAUUCAACAUCUGGGAAACACCAAUGGAAAACAAUUUCACCUUUGAUGAGGCUGGUCUUUUUCCCAGUGGCAGUGACAUGUCAUAUGAAGACAAUGACUCAGCCUUCCCCUCCCCAGUCAGACUGGCUCCACCAGGCCAGAGCGACAUCUAUGACCUGGGUAGGAGGAGGGAAGAGGAGGAGGAGGAGGAGGAGAAUGAUCCACCCAUAGAGGCCAUCAUUAUCCCCACUGAUUCAGAAGCUUAUCUGAACGUGAACACCAAUGCCACCACAAGAGGGGAUGCUCAGGCCUAUGUGGAGCUGAAUGAGCUCCAGGAAAACGUUUGGCAGGAGACGAGCCGCUGGGUGGGCUACGAGGAGAACCUUAACCGUGCCACAGGCAAAUGGGGCCCUUCUCAUGUCUCCUAUCUCACCUUUAAGAGUCUGAUCCAGCUCCGCAAGACCAUGACUACAGGGGCUGUCAUUUUCGACCUGGAUGCCAGCAGCCUGUCUGCUGUGGCUGAGAAGGUGGCCGAUGAGCUGCUGAACAAAAAUGAGAUUCGUGCCAGCGAUCGGGAUGGUCUGCUCAGGGCUCUCCUCAUGAAGCGCAGUCAGUCCGAAGAACCUGUGGUUACACCCUCUGGAGACAUUCAGAUGCAGACAUUUUCUGUAACCAAGAAGAGGGACAGCUCUGACAACAUGGAGGCCUCAAUCGUCCUCUCAGGUGUCCUGGACUUCCUGCAGAAACCAGUGGUGGCUUUCGUCAGGCUGCGCGACUCUGUGGUGAUGGAGUCUGCCCUGGAAUCUCCCAUCCCUGUUCGCUUCGUCUUUGUCCUGGUUGGCCCCAGCCAGAGUGGAAUAGACUACCGUGAGAGUGGGCGAGCCAUGGGUGCUCUGAUGGCUGACUGGGUGUUCUGUCUGGAGGCCUUCUUGGCUCAGACCGACAAAGAUCUGACCAACGCCAUUGCCGACUUCAUGGACUGCAGCAUUGUGAUUCCCCCUACUGAGAUCCAAGAGAAGACAAUGUUAGGAGCCAUCAUUGAUUUCCAGAAGAAGAUGCUGCGUGACAGAGUCCGCCCCAGUGACACCCGUCUUGCAUUUGGUGAUAGGGUCAAAGUUGAGAAACCUCCAGAGGAGCCGAGGGAGGACCCUCUGGCCCGCACUGGCUAUCCUUUUGGUGGGAUGGUAAAGGACAUGAAGCGCCGUUACCGCCACUACAUCAGCGACUACACAGAUGCUCUGAACCCUCAGGUCCUUGCAGCCGUCAUCUUCAUCUACUUCGCUGCCCUGUCCCCGGCCAUCACCUUUGGAGGACUUCUGGCUGACAAAACAGACAAACUGAUGGGUGUGUCAGAGCUUAUGAUCUCCACCAGCAUCCAGGGUGUCAUCUUCUGCCUCAUUGCCGCCCAGCCUGUCCUUGUUAUCGGCUUCUCAGGACCACUGCUGGUGUUUGAGGAAGCUUUUUUCACUUUCUGCAAGACCCAGAACAUUGAGUACAUUGUGGGUCGCAUCUGGGUGGGGAUGUGGUUGAUAGUGAUCGUGUUCAUCAUCGUGGCCGUGGAAGGCAGCUUCCUGGUCCGAUUCAUCUCCCGCUUCACCCAGGAAAUCUUCUCCAUCCUCAUCUCUCUCAUCUUCAUCUAUGAGACUUUCAAUAAGCUCAUCAAGAUCUUCAAAACCCACCCUCUGAUUCUGAACUACGAACACCUGAACAGCACACUGGACAACCCUUUCCACCCAAUCAUCACGGAGCACAUCGAGUACCAUUCAGAUGGCAACAUAAGUAUUCAUGAGCUGGAGGUUGAAAGGCCCUACCCUAACACUGCCCUGCUGUCUAUGUGCUUGAUGUUUGGCUGCUUCUUCAUUGCAUACUUCCUCCGUCAGUUCAAGAAUGGCCACUACCUUCCAGGCCCGAUUCGUCGCUUGAUUGGAGAUUUCGGCGUCCCCAUUGCUAUUUUCAUCAUGAUUGCUGUGGAUAUCUGCAUUGAGGAUGCUUACACUCAGAAACUGGUUGUGCCAAAAGGCAUUCAAGUGACCAACCCCAAGGUCAGAGGCUGGUUCAUCAACCCCUUCGGAGAAAAGAAGCCCUUCCCCUACUGGAUGAUGGGUGCCUGCUGUGUACCUGCACUGCUCGUCUUCAUCCUCAUCUUCCUUGAGUCCCAGAUUACUACCCUGAUCGUGAGCAAACCUGAGAGGAAGAUGGUGAAAGGUUCUGGUUUCCACUUUGAUCUGCUCCUCCUCGUCACCAUGGGAGGCAUCUCGUCUAUUUUCGGGGUACCCUGGCUGAGUGCUGCCACCGUGCGAUCUGUGACCCACGCCAACGCUCUCACUGUCAUGUCCAAGGGCCCGAAACCAGAGAUUGAGAAGGUGAUCGAACAGAGGAUCAGUGGGAUUCUUGUGGCCAUGCUGGUUGGUGUUUCUAUUUUCAUGGAGCCUAUACUGAGGAUGAUUCCUAUGACGGCCUUGUUUGGCAUCUUCCUCUACAUGGGUAUCACCUCUCUGAGUGGAAUCCAGAUGUGGGACAGGAUGCUUCUGCUGAUCACACCAAAGAAAUACCAUCCCCCUGAUGCCUACGCCACAAGGGUUAAAACACUCCGGAUGCAUCUCUUCACCCUGAUCCAGCUCGUGUGUCUGGCCAUCCUGUGGAUGGUGAAGAUCAGUCCCUUCUCUCUGGCUCUGCCUUUUGUUCUCAUCCUCACCAUCCCUCUGCGUAUGUUCAUGACCGGCAGGGUUUUCUCUGUCAUGGAGAUGAAAUGUCUGGAUGCAGAUGAUGCCAAAGUGUCAUUUGAGGAGGAACCUGGGGAGGAUGUGUACAAUGAGUCCCCGCUGCCGUAAAUAUCAAUACAUAUUUAGUUCACAAACUUUUAACCUAGUUCUUAAUUGCCAGUGAUAACAUGGAAACUGAAUAUCAGAUACCUUUAAAAUACAUAUUUGUAAACAACUAUUUGCAGUUUCAAACUGUUCUGUUAUUAUUAUCUUUCUUUAAAGGAAGUUACCUCUAAUUCCUACAACCCAUGCUUUAUUCCUGCAGCUUAAAUUUUGUUUGUGAUCGUAGAAAAAACGAAUAUACAGUCCAUAUUAUCAUCAAGCUGUAUUGUUACUUGUCCUAUGCUCUCUCAUUUUCCAUAUUUCAUCCAUUUCUGUGGCAUUCAGUACAAUUCUUCCUUUUUUGUUUUUUUUUGUUUUUUGAACUUAAGGUAUUGGUAAUAGCUUUUUAUUUACUUAAAUACCUAGUGGCAUUUUGAUUCAAGCAAAAACAUCUCCUGAAAAUGGGAGAUAUUUUCCUUAAAGACCUGAGGUAAUAUUGUUUUUUCUUUAAAUGUCUGACUACAGUGUUACUUUAAAGUGAUUACCAGUGCUGCCACAUGUAGAUCUGCAUGUUAUAAUAAUAGAAUUUCACCUUACCUUUUAUUCACUAUUUAAGUUAAGCUACUUUGAUCUAUUCAGCCCUUCACACACGCACAAACAAUGCAUCUUUGUGGGACUUUCACCCCUGCCUUUGCUCCAUGCAGUAGCCUUUCCAUGAAUUAUUCUCAAAAAAGUAGUGUUACUCAAGUUUGCCUCACUUCAUAUAUUGUGUAUGUUUUACUGACAAAUGUGGUCUUUCCUGUUCAGUUGACCUAUUUUGAACGUGUAUAGGAGAUGUGUAAUGCACUUAGAUUCAAUUUUUAGUGUGUAAUUGCUUUCAUGAUUAUAAAAUGGGUGAAUAGCGAAUGAUGAGAUAUAAUUGUUUGUUGUACUGAUGAUAUAAUCAAGGGAAAAAUUUGUAAAUGUGUCUUUUUGAGCCUUCCGUGUUACCAAUCAUGUGUUCGGGUGCUUGAAACACUGUACGUGCUUUGGAUUUACAGUUUAUUAAGAAUUAAAACAAAAAACAACAAAAAAAAUCAGCCUUUAAACUGUUUUCAUGAAUGCAACAGAAAACAUAAUUACUUCGCAUCAGCUCCAGCCCACUUCUAUCAUUUUAUCCUGCAAGCAACAGGAGAGGCUGUUCAAUUGGAUCAUGAUGCCUGCCACUUAGCUGCAUGCUGCCUUCAAGGUUAUCAAGUAAACUCCAACUCUUAUUACUCCGCUAGUUGAAAAAACAUCAGGGACAUACUCUUAACCACUCCUAGUUUGAAGUUUGAAAUUUUACUCUACAACAAGAGGAGAAAAUUAAACAGCAUGAAGCUUUUUCCAGCUGCAGUUGGUAAAAUUUGCUCAGGUAUGUAAGUUUUGCAAUAAUUUUAUUUAAAUCAAAUGUUGUCAAAGGUUUAGUAUUAAAAUAAAUAAUAUUAAAGAGUUUAAAACGUUAA